AUGCAGAAUAACAACAACGGCGGCGGCAGCAGCAACAACAACGGCGGUGGCGGCGCUGCUCAGCCCAGCAGCGCAGACAUGGAGCAGCAACAUGGAGGAAAAGACGGUAGUUUGGGGGGACAGGCCGAGCCCCAGAGCCAGCCGCAGCCCCUGCUGAAUAAAGGCGGGGACGGGGAAGAGGCGACGCCGCCGCCACAGGCGGCGGACAAAAUGGGCGAGCAGCACCUUAGCAGCCGCUACGACCACUCCAGCUUGGGACCUUUGGGCGGGCAGCAGCAGCAGCCGCCUCCGCCGCCACCUCAGGGAGCGGGCAGCGGCGGAGGCACUGGCGGUGGAGGAGGAGGCGGCGGCGGCGGCCCCUCAGCGGUGGGUGUCUCGGAGUUUAAUAGCUAUUACGGCAACGCUGGCAGCAGCGGCGGAGGCGCCUCCUCAGCGAGCCGGGCCGGGCCUUGCUUUGAUCAACAUGGCGGACAACAAAGCCCCGGGAUGGGGCUAAUGCACCCCGCGGCGGCCCCCAACAGCAUGGACCCCCUGCCAAACUCGCACGAAGGCUACGCCAACAGUCACUAUGGCACCGGCUAUCCUGAUUAUACCAACCCUGGGGCUGCCCCAUCACAACAGCAGGCUCAGGGAGUAGCUGCGGCAGCCGCUCCAGGAAGCCAGCAGGCAGCAGUGGGCAUGGGCAUGGGCAAGGACAUGGGUUCCCAGUAUGGAGCUGCAAACCCAGCCUGGGUAGCAGCAGCUGCACAACAAAGAAAUCAUCCAGUUAUGAGCCCUGGGAACACUGGACAGACCAUCAGCAGGAGCCAGGGCAACCCAAUGGAUCCAAUGGUAAUGAAAAGACCUCAGUUGUACGCAGUGGGCAACAACCCUCACACCCAGACACAGCCAAGCAGUCCAUAUCCAGGGCAGUCAUAUGGACCUCCAGGACCACAACGCUAUCCAAUGAGUAUGCAGACCCGGACUCCAGGUUCCAUGGGAGGAAUGCCAUAUUCACAGCAACAGAUGCCACCUCAGUAUGGUCAACAAGGUGUAAGUGGCUACUGCCAACCGGGCCAACAGCCAUAUUACAACCAGCAACCACAACCUCAGCAUUUGCCUCCACAGGCCCAAUAUCUGUCACAGGCCCAACAGAGGUACCAGACACAGCAGGAUAUGUCUCAGGAAAGUUAUGGAACCAGAUCCCAACCACCUCUUACCCAAGGCAAGCCUAACCAUGAAGAACUGAACCUAAUACAACAAGAGAGACCAUCAAGCCUACCAGUUGAAGUCUUGGCCUCGGAGGAUGCUUCAUUUGGACUCAAGGAUUUGUCUGGCUCCAUUGAUGACCUGCCUACAGGAACAGAAGCAACACUGAGUUCAGCAGUUAGUGCAUCAGGUUCUACAAGCAGCCAAGGAGAGCAGAGCAAUCCAGCACAGUCACCUUUCUCCCCUCAUGCCUCCCCACAUCUCUCCAGCAUCCCUGGGGGCCCAUCCCCCUCCCCAGUGGGCUCUCCUGUCGGAAGCAAUCAAUCAAGAUCUGGUCCCAUUUCUCCUGCGAGUAUCCCAG